AUGAAAAAGGAGGAUCGGAAGGAGAAUCAUGGGCCAAGUAAGGAGGAAGCGAAGGAGAUGAGACUGGAGCUCCUGGCCGAGAUGACCGAGAAGCUGCAAUUGAUCUUGCAGCGCUUAUCCGAUCCAAACAUGCUUGAUACUGGAAAGAAAGAGACAUAUCGCAAUAUGGCUGAGUCCAUUCAGAGGCAAAUUGCCUCUCUAAAGCCAGCGGAGUCCAAGAAGCAGCGUCGCGCGGAGCGUCGCGCGGAACGCCGCCGCCGGCAAGAAAAGCGCAGCAAAGGCUAUGAGUAUCAGAAACCGGAGACCACCACUUCUCAGGAGGAUCCUAAAGAUGAAGGCAGAGAGAAGCCCUGGGUCGCUGAAUCUCUGAUGGAUUCGGGGUCUUCCGAGGAUUCGGAGGCUCCGCCGAAAAAGGCGCGGGCUCGGGUGGCGCCAAGCUGUGCGCCACACCUCCGAGGGAUUGCUCCAAGCAGCGCGCCUGCUGUCAGAAAGCCGUUGCCGAGGCCAAAAAGCGAAGAAGCCACCAACUUCCGGGAUUCUGGACUGCAGCCAGCUGAGCGUGGCUUCGUUGCGGACUCGGUGACGUCAUGGUGA